AUGGAAAACGAGGAGAGGCCCACGGAACUGGAGGCAGACGGUGAUCCGUCAAUCAAACUGAACCCGAAUGCCGUUAGUCCAGGGCGAUUUAUCAAUUACGCCGCCAGUGAGUAACUUCCUCCGCCUCUGCUUGGAGUUAUUAUGUUUGGCCAUUAUUAACUUUCGCAUCUUCUUUACUUUCCCUCUCUCCUCCCCCCCCCCCUCCUCCUUCUCUUUCGCGGAAUUUUUGGUUGUUCUGUCGCUUUUUCGCUUUUUUACACUCCAUCGUUUGAGAAGGUUGUUGGGAUUUCAGGGUCGGAUGUCGGUAUUGGGUGCGGCUUUCGGCUCACCAGGUUACUGUGCAUGAUUUUUACUGCUAUCACAUACUCAUCCAUAAAAACUCACACCUUUUGAAACGACUCAUAAUUUCCUCAGCCUUAAUUCGCUCUUAUGCGCUUUCGACUGAGGUUGACUCUUCUGCCCCGUUUAUUCUGGCCGAUUAAUGACGUCGUCCAGUAACAGAGGUUUUACUGUAUUCCAGACGUAGGUACUGGUUAAAAAGAAUUUGACAUGUGUUUCACCGCGGUGUCAGUUGCUGCAUGAUGUGGCUCGGAGGGGUUCAUCUCUCUCGUAGGUCCUUCAGUCGUCUCUGCAAGGUUCCAGGCAUAUGAAGUCCGUUAAGGUCUACGCCUAUGCGUCCUUGAAAAAAAAGAGCGAAAUUCUCGCGUUGGGUUUUUAAGUCAGCAAAUGUAACUCCGCAUUAUCUUGGCUUUCGUUGAACCAUGAAAUUUGCAGAGUUUUUCAUUUUCUAGUCUAUUUCGAAAUAGAAGAAUUCUUCCUCGUGCCUGGAUUUGAUCGGGCUACGGCUAAUAUAUGAUCAGGGACAUCAAAUUACUGCACCUUUUGUUUCUUUGUUUGCAGGUCGAGCCAGGUUGCACAGUUCUGCCCUAACCUGCCAGUUCCUGCCCCUUCGGUGCACUGAGGCUGAUCAGAUGACGCUGGAGGCCAUGAAUUUUCUCUUGUCCGCAAACAACGUCUUUGGCAUCUACUCAGAGUCCCCCUUUUUUCGACCCGUCACCCUCCUACGGCCUGUACAGUUUGCCUGCCCAUCCAACGUCCUCCUUCAAUACCCUGAUCCCGAGAACAUGGUCCGUACGUUGCGAGAUCUGGCAGACCAGAAGGUAACUAGUAUCCCCCUGCUGUCUAUUCUCUCGGGUGCCAAGCCGAAUGCCGCCUCCCUGGGUUUCCACACUGGCUAUCUGACCUACAGUUUCACCCUCGUGCUCGACAACAAUACGAUGCGUAUUCUGGUGGAUCAGUCACGACGACCGCAUGAGUGCGUCUGCACUUCGUGCUUGUUUGUUUAUCUUCUAAUCAACAUUGAGCACCAGUUACUUGUCACUGCCCUUUCAAGAUGACAUGGUUUCCCUUAGAUAGUUAAACUUGCUGCCUCCUGUUCACGCCUUGUCUUUGUGCUUUAGCGGCGCUGACAAGUACCGUCUCAUUCUUCGGUUGGCAUGGGCCACGUCCGGACUUUACAUGCCACGUGACAAGUCCAAUCUCUCUCGCGUGCUGGCCUGCGAAGUGCUACCUCGCUGUCUCUCCGUCCGCGUUGCUCGUCGCAAUGUCACGCUUCCCGAUCCCAUCUUUCAUGGCGGCCAGGCGCAGAAAUUUGGUCAUCGUCUUCGAUUUGCAAUCGACAUUACUGACAAGGUUGUUUUUCUGUUCCUUCGGGUCUACUGCAUGUCCUGGCUUGUUCUGUCUGAGCGUUCAAAAGAGGGAGUAGGAGACGAUUUAAACAGCCGUGGGGAGAUGAAUUUCUCAGUGUUUAGAAGUCGAACUCCAGUCCAUCUUCAGAAAUUUGCCAGCUCUGUUGUCUGCGCCCAGUUGGCACAGUCCGGUCAGUUGGUAGUUGGGCAUCUGGAGGGGUGUCUGUGCGGUCAUCUGCGCGACAUGCUCCCGUUUUCAAUGUCAGGCUGUUUUGCGGCGGCUGUGGGACUAAUCCGUUUCGAUCAGUGCGGUAAAGCAGCCACACUGUUCACUCUCCAGUGAUGGAGUCUGGCAUGCCUUUGUAACUUGAGACAAAAUCGACCUGACUGACUGGGUCCUUUUCUUGUGAAUUGAUUGCUAGGACACAUAUCUUAAAUUAUUCGUACCAGAGGAGUUUAAGGGGAAAUUCCCGGACACCGUCAGUGAAGGAAAACAGCUGGAGUCUGUCACGUGUGUCGCGCGAGUCCACACAGUUUUAUUAUCGACUGAUCUUUCUCGUACUUGCAGAUUGUAACUCGAUCAAACUUCUCAGUCCGCUGUCGGGGUGUUGAAAUUGACCUAACCUGGCUGCACGCCCCUCUGCAGGACCACGCUCUGCCGCUGCUUGAAAUGGUCGGCUCCGGGUCCUGUACUCCUAUUCUCAAUCACUUGCUCAACCUUCCCCUUGUUCAAGUCACUCUGGAUCGUGUGCAGCCGAUACCGGAGUUUGUGCGCAUGUUUUCGUCGGCUGUUGCUGGCGAACCAGUCACAGACCCUCCUCCGGGUUGCAAGCCUCCUCGCUUGCCGUCGGAGACCCCAGAAGCUCUUGCGGGGGUGUACGACUUUUGUAUGUCCUCUGAUCGCGUGAUCGCGGCUUCUGAAACUUUAGUGAGUCCUUCUCUCCCACACUGAUUUAUGUUUUGUAAAUUUGAUGUCUAAUAUCAAAACAUCGUGCGAAGUGUCCGUAAGUUUAGGCGACUAUUUGAGUCCCAGUUGUGCAGUAGGUUGGAUAACUCUUGAAAUGUCACGAGUUACCACAAGAAAAUCAGUAUAACGCAAAAUUCGUCCAAGCUGCCUUACAGCAGAGGAAAACGACUGUUAUCAAGAAGAGGACAUAGUUGGGUCUACAAAUUACUACUUACAAACAUAGAUAUAAUGAAUUUCUCCUGCGAACUGGAAUUUCAGAAAAUUGUUAUUGCAUAUUGCGUAAAGAAGGCUAACUGUGAAGGGUGCAUUAGGACGGCGACACAUGAAAGGGGAGAAAUAAUGAAAGACAAUAGCAAGUACAAAGGCUGAGUACUUUGUUGAUUGUCCACUUGCAUCUAACGCAACAGGGAUCCCCUCAGACAUGAAGAUUGCAUGUUGUCUGUAGCGGGUUGUUCAGUGUGGUUAUCUGACACAAAAUCAAACGUUUUUUGCACGGAAGAUUUCAUUUUUAUGCCUUGUGCUAACUUCUCUUAAUGAGUAUGAAAAUAUUUUUGAAAGGAUUAAGUUCCAGGGCGUUUGCGGAGAGGGUGGCUGUUGUCAAAAAAAGAUUAAAUUAGAGUUGUAAGCUUUAUCAAAUUCAUACCUCUUUAGCGCGAUGGUCAGAGGAAUUAUCAUGUAAUAUGAUGGCACCCAUUUGGCGUCGGUGGAUGUCGUUGUACCUGAAGACAUCCUUCCCAGUGUUGAUGGGCACCGUGCUAUUGAUGGUGUCCGUAGUCGACCGCCGGCCUGUCUGUUCUCCGAAUUUGAUGGCCAUCCAAACCAUUGACCGUCGACAGUUCUUGAAGAUUGCCGUCCAUACGCUAUGCUCUUUCGGAAAGUUCUCUCUACAUAUUACCGUCUGGGUCUACUUCGUAGGUUUGUCUAAAAAUAAGGCCUUAUCUCGGAAGUGCGGCUGCUGGUUAGGCUCGAAAGAGAGCCCGUAAGGCACUACGGAACGUAAGAACAAUCGGUGAGGACCUCCUACCAUUGUAUAUUCCCAAUCGAAUCGGACAAGGCAUGGGGCUCGUGGUCUAUUGGUUAGAGGCGUGGACUUCUAAGUAACAGGUCGAGCCUCAGGUGGUCCACACCUUGGGGAUGGGUAUGACUGGCUGACGACGGCUAAUAAGCCAGAAAUGGCCAUUCCAGUCUCCCUUGUCUUUGUCGGUAAUGCCAUUCUGCCUAUAUCAUGCGCCGCUGUGCGGCUGCUGGUUGGGCUCGAGAGACAGCUUUUAAGGCACAACGGAACGAGUGAUUUCCUUAAGAACGAUUGGUGAGCGCCCCUUUCCGAAUAAAAAGCGUUAUUCGAUAAGCUUUCCGUUUUAAAAACGGCAUCCUUUUCUUGAUUAGGUUCAUAGAGAGCAUCUACGGAUACUCCCCGUGAAUGGCUUCAAUGGGCAUGUAGUGAUAGGUUGUUAGUGUGCGACCAAUAAAGUCGUUGUCUUGCCUACUUGUGGACCGUUUUUGUCCACAAUGCUUAUUUCUGGACACGGAUCUAUCUCUAAUAAUUCGCCACAGGGUGACAGCGCUCGAUUUACAAUUGUUAUACCUAGUAAUUCUGGGUGUGAUAAAGCAAACUACCGUCAAACCAAUCUGUCACGGAAUUUUAUGACACGAAAGGUCACAAAUUUACAAAACGGAUUUUUAUGGGCUGAAUUUACUCCUUUUUUCUUGCAAACAAAGCGAUUUCUCAUACCCGCCCCACCUGAUUUUCAUGGAGGCAGAAUCUAAUUUUAUGCCUCCUGAAGGGAUUUAUUUCACACUUCUCCUGUUUUUGUUAAUCGUUUUUCACGACUAAACAUGGGGUUUUGAUCAGUGACUUUCAGUUGGGUAGGAAAGUUCAGGAUUCUUCAUAACGACGUUUCAUCAGUUAGGCAGUUUGAUGCGAUCCUGAUGAUCGAGUGAGGUUUGCGCGCCAAAGCAACUUCUCUGGCACCUGAUGCUAAUCUGUCAUUUUUACUUAAUGACGCCUAGAAUAUUAACUCCAUUCCUCAUCACAGCGUAGAGUUGCCGCGAGUUUCUUAGCGUUUUUUGGCACUCGAAGUUCCCUCUCAGGCCUGGCCUAUAGUUGCCAAAAUUCCUACAAACACAAAACCCCUAAAGUUAGUUGACUUGCUGCAUUUUCCACUUUUGUCGCAGGUAAUUAGCCUUUUGCACUCUUUUCCUAGGCAAUGAUAAGGUCCAAACUGACCUCCGAAGAUGAUUUGCAGUCCGAUGGAUGGAUUCCUGUUUCCUUGCUCUGCCCCCUCGCGCUUACCCGCAUCGAAGUGAGUUCAGGCACUGUCAGCGAUACUGUUGCGCCGUUAAUGUCAGAGUUUUCUGGCACGACUGUGACCUCUGACGGAUCUGUUAGUGAGGAAAAUUUAUCACAGAUAUUUUCACCAGUAUUUAAUAGCUCUUUAAAAAAGGGCCUAGAACUUUCCUCUAGUCAUAUUUUGAGUGCAGCACAACUGGGUCACUCUAUAAUUUUAAAAAGCAUCUUUCGGACAGCCACUUGCAUUUCUGUUGCGGAUUUUGUAUUUCCCGCAAACGUGGUUUGUUUUCGUGGUGUCUUACGCGCAGUUUCUUGCCAGUGACAGUGUAUUGCCCCGGUAAUACUGAAAAUUCUUUACUGAUUUUGCGUUAACCUUUGAGCGUAUAAAUUUUGUCUUCGCUUUACUUUGCUCAUGCACAGUACACGUCAAUUUAACUCAGCAACCCGUGCUCAUUAAAAGACCCGUGAUUCUGCCCUUCCAAAUGACGAAACAGAGUCAAGAUGACCUGAAAUGACAUUGACGCGGUGACUUCCCUUAUAUACGUACCACAAACGGUCGCGCCUAAGUGUGUGCCGCGACAUUGAUUCGGACCCCACGGAGUGGGACUGCCAUAGAGGUGGAUUAAGAAUGCUGAGGAGUGUGUUGGUCAUAAAAUGAAGGAGGCAGAUAGCCAUCAUGACCCCCUAAAGCCAAAAUGGAGCAUAAGUCAGAUUCGGGAACGUCAUCUCUCUUGUUUUUAUCCAUAAUGUGACAUGUGGGUUGAAGAGGAGUUGAGAGAACAAGAUAAUUGUAUACGUUGUUAAAACGACUUUGAGUGCAAUAACUGCGGGGUUGUUUCCGCGGAGGAAACUUUAUUUUUUCGUCGAGAGCGCUGGAAGGGACUUUAGAGUCCAAUGUAAGAAUCCUGUCUCCUCUCCAGAUCCCUGUGCGCUCAGUGAACUGUGACCAUCUGCAGUGCUUUGAUCUGUCCUCCUAUCUGACGAUUAACAAGAGGCGUCCUCGGUGGUCCUGUCCUGUCUGCAGUUCGCCUGCCCCAUUCCGCGAUCUGCGACGCGACGAGUAAGUACUUUUGCCACCUCCACUUUGGCUACGUUGUUUCUUAGAUUGCCUACCUUAUGUGCUAACUUGUCGUAACCAUCUGGAAAUGGUAAUUUGUGCUCGUGUCAUUCGUUCAUCGAGGGUUUUAUUCAGACGCCUGACCAAUACGCACAGGAUGGUGAAACUAGGAUCAGAGGCAUGACUGCGUUCUGUCAAUUACCCAACAGCUGGGGAAAGCGGAUUUUUUCACUCUUCAGUGCGUUUAAAAAAUUGUUAACCUGUCAACUGCCUGUGUAUUCAGCCGAUGUACUUUCAUCCACGAAUACAUUCAUUUCGUAGCGCUCAAAGUGGGUGCAUCAUUGGUUCUGUUUUACUAAACUCUUCAGCUUCUUCGUCCAGCUGAUGGCUGAUCCGAGUCUCAAGGAUGCCAAAAUGGUUCACGUAGAUGCCAAUGGACACUGGCGAGAGGCCUCCAAACCCACCGAGGGUGAUUUCUCUGCUACUGUUUCCGCCAACGAGUCGAUUCCCGGAAUUCCUACCGACAAGCCCACAAACGCUGCUAUUCCCUCACUGCCGAAUGGGACCUCUACGAUGUCGCCUUGCAUACUGGAGUCGGAUUUAUCAUCUGAGCCGGUGGCUCCAAUAGAGCCUGAUGUCACUCAAUCCAUUGACUGUGUCGUUCUCAUCGACGACGACGAUGAUGACGAUGACCAGGAGGGUGAUGAGACGCAACCGGAGCAGCCCACUUUUGCUCAUUCCACGUCUUUGAAUGAUUUCUGCGCCCCGUCUCCUCCCGCUGCUGUCACUGAUGAACAGCCAGCUGAGCUUCCUUCUGCGGCGCCGGAAUUUGCAUCGACGAAGUAGGCGGCUUUUUCCCAUUCUCCCUUGGUAAUUUGUUCAGUGGCCAGUCAGUUUUGCCUUUCCAUUUGCAUAUCUUUUCUUGCACACAAAGCUAGAUGCGCUGUCGACAAAGGUCCAUUCAGUGCAGGCAAUACCAGUUGGUAAAUGCAACAGUUGGUACUCUGCCGGUUUGAUUUUUUGUUGGUGUGGGCCUGCAUAUGCAGUUUUAUUCCUCUUUCCAUUUCCAACCACAACGUUCUAGCCUGUUUGUCGAUCUGGCUGCAAGCUCAGACGAGGAACCCGAUGUGACGAUGGCAUCUACCCCACCACUUUCUAAUCCCCAACCAUCGGUAGCGCAGGCACCAUCAUCGGCUUCCCUCACCACAACGGAGAGCUACAGUCUCCCGGCUGUGAUUCCGCCUCCUUCCCUCGCGUGCCUCUCCGUGGACAUCGCUCCACUUCUUCCUAUCGCCUCGCAACCCCUAAACAUCACCAGUCAUGAUUCGCAAUCUUCUCCUCCCCCUGCUGCUGAUGCUGCUGUUGUCAACGCGGCUCGGACUUCCACCACCACACAGGCAUCCCCACCUCCAAACAAGGCCACUGGGUAAGGAUUGAAUGUGUAAGCCUAUCGGACAUAUCCAACGCAGGGACCCCUGUAAACGGGUGUGGUGGUAAUGGGGGUUUUUCGGGUGGAUCACAUGGAAGCGAGGGCUAAAAAGUGAAAGGGAAAGCACAAGAAGGCGCAAGUAAACCGCAAGGUUGUUUAAACGCUCCCCCCCCCAAUGAAGUCAAGAAGCUGAAGCGUGUACACCCAACGCUAAAUGUGCUGUCGACAUAGGUCCAUUCGGUUCAGGCAAUACCAGCUGGUAAAUUCAGCAGUUUUGGUUUUUGUUGGUGUGAGCCUGCAUAUGCAGUUUUAUUUCUCCUUUCAUUUCCAACCACAACGUUCUAGCCUGUUUGUCGAUCUGGCUGCAAGCACAGACGAGGAACCCCAUGUGACGAUGGCACCUACCACAUCACUUCCCAAUCCCCAACCCUGGGCAGCACCGACGCCAUCAUCGAUUUCGCCCACCACAACGGAGAGCUGCAGUCUCCCGGCGGUAAUUCCGUCCCCCUCCCUCGCCCCAAUUCCGUCCGUCCUCCCGCGGCCCCUAAACCUCGUCGGAAAUUCUACGCAACCUUCCCCCGCUGCUGAUGCUGCUGUUGUCAGCGCCGCUGGGACUUCCUCCACCUCGCGGGAAUCCCCACCUCCGAACAAGCUAAACAAGGCCACUGGGUAAGGAUUGAAUAUGUAAGCCUAUCCGACAUAUCCAGCACAGGGACCCCUGUAAGACGGGUGUGGUGGUAAUGGGGGCUUUUCGGGUGGAGCACGUGGGAGCGAGGUCUAAGAGAUUUUAGGAGAGAGGCAAUUGGACGGUCAAGGCCACUGAGGCUGAACGGACUGCAACGCGGACUAAUAGGAACGUGAUGGGGACACUAAUGCCGUAGAAAGUGAGUGUCCGUUUGUAAAAUAAAUUGUAACAAACCUAACUAGAACGAGAGCUACGAGUGCUACGAGUGGAGAAAAAACAGCCUCCUAAGGUGAGUUUGGGGAUUAUGACGACGAAAAUAGGAGGGACGGAGUUCGGACGGGAUUGGGAAGACGGGGAUGUCCUAUGGCAGGGACAGGCUCGAUGCGAGUCAAGUCUUGUUGUGUCCGGGCAGCGGAAGCGAUGCGGGAUCGGCGAUGGCGUCCAGAAGGCGUCCUGGGUUUCAAGAGUGCCCAGUGUCAGUCGUCCUUGGUUUUUCUAGGGCCUCCGGACGACUUGGAUAGGUUUACAUAGAAUUGACCCAUGGAUAUAUAUCACUCAAACGGCUAGGAUACACGAAAGUAGGUUGUAACUAAUAGCGGGAGCGGGGUCCAGUCAAUCAUGUCAGGGAUUGAAAAAUCGAAAAAUGUUAGUUUUAAAACACAAGCGGGGCGAGAGCGGAAGGGCGCAGAAAGUUGCAUGUGGUUAGUCGACCUUUGACCACGGUAGGCGCGGAGCCUGGACUAGGUUCUUCUGGGCGCUUAGGGUCGGUUUUGAUAACCUGAUGAAGGCCGCCUCUGCUGUUGCUAACAAGCGCUGGCCCAGCAGAUUAGUUUAGCUCGAUGGGACCUUAUAAAUCCCACGAAAAUCUUUGCCGGGGUCCACACGAUGCCCUGAAUCAACUGCAUGAGCAUGAAUGGCGCUGCAUAUGCUCCUAGUUUCGCCUUUUGUCAGCCAUGCGCGGAGGUGUUCUCGUAUUCUUUUGGAUAGACGCCGACUCGUACGACCAAUAUAACCUGCUCCACAGGAUCACGUGAAGGAUUACGUGGACAUUGAGGUGGUCGGAGGUGCAGCCUAUCCUUACCACGUAAAACAGGGAUAGUAGAGGGUCAGAUCGCAGUUCGUAACCUGUGGUGUGUAAGCCAACCGGUAGAUGCCUCUCUGACGGGACCCGUGGGAAAAAGGGGUUUUAAGGGAGGGGUAAUUGGAUAGCGGCUUAUGAGGAGAAAAUUAAGUAAAGGAAGAGGUAAAGUUUUCAUGAGUAAAUAGUGAGGUUUUAGUGAGGUGAAAUAACUGUAAAAAAUCAAGGAGAGGCCCGUCACACGUAGCGCAGCCUGCGGAAGGUCACCGCGGUGGAAAGAGAUAGGACCAGCUGACAACGCUGCAUUAGUAACCAACAGGAGGUACGUACCGGACGGCAAGGUCAUUCCGCAAAACGCGCCCCAAAAAAACGGACGCGUGACGAUGAGUGCUCGUAAAAUGUCAGGGGAAAACAAAUCAGCGGACAGUGAAGCCCAAGAACGGUAAGUGUAAACGUGGACUAUGUAAGAGGUCCAUGAGCAAGCCGCAGUGUGAUGAUCCUUUUGCACCCUGCUGUCAGUAUUUUGCUGACUAUUUGUCAUGCGGUUGUCCGCUUGUAGAACGCAGACCGCAAGGAAGGCGCGAAAGGCCGCUCCGCAAGUUACUAAACUGUCAGAGCUUGCGCAGAUCCUUGCUGUGAUCCAGUCGCCAAACCUAGUGCAAUAUCUGCAAGCGAAAGGAGUGCUCGCUUCUGAAGUCAGGUGUCGAUGCCGAAAACCCAUGCAAAUGCAAAUAUUGCGUCAGCACACGGACGGGUUUGCCUUCAGGUAUGCGAAAAUAAUACUUUAAUGCAGUCCGAAGGUGUAACAAAUGCGGAACCAAAAGGGCACUCAGAGCGGGCUCAGUGUUUGAAGGAAGUCAUCUGACUUUACCAACAGCAGUAAGAACGGCCCUAGCCUUUUUGGAGGGCACAGGUGUGAUAAGAUGUGCAGCGCUGGUGGGCAUAAGUGUAACUGCAGCUGUCGAGUGGUAUGACAUCUGGCGGGAUGUCUGCACCAAAGCCCUCCUCAGGGAGGUUAACCAAUUAGGAGGACCUGAAGUGGAAGUUCAAGUUGAUGAGACUAUGAUAACAAGACGAAUAUACAACGUUGGACAACUGAAGAAGCAACACUGGAUUUUGGGUAAGAAUUUCCUAUUAGAUGGCCAUUUCUAGGUAUGUACGAUACAAAGAGAAGGAAGGCGAUCUUCGAGCAAGUGAACGAUCGAAGCUGGUCCUCCCUAAAAGCAGUAAUUAAGAAAUGGGUAGCUCCUGGAAGUGUAAUAGUAACAGACCAAUGGGAGGAGUAUGCCCGUCUAACUGAAGAAGGCUAUCGCCACCUAACGGUCAAUCGUUCUGCCAAUUUUGUCGAUCCGGCCACGAAGAAGAAUGCGAACGCUAUAGAAGCCUAUUGGAAUAGGCUGAAAAAGAAAUUGCGCGAACAUGGACCCGUCAAGGGCACGAAGAUAUGGGCACACGUCGACGAAGCGCAAUACCGUCUGUGGUACGGAGUGAAGGCAAGUAACUUGUCGGAAGCCUGGGAAAGAUUCCUGUCCCAUGUUGCACAAGCAUAUCCGGUCGCUGAAAGCGGCAUCGUAGCCGAAAAGUAAAGCAGUUGACGCUAAGGUAAGCAAGCAAAUAGAAACGAAAUCCUACGUAUAGGUCAAUAUGUGCACACGAAUGA